CCUGCGGCAACACGGCCCGCCAUGGCGUCUCCCUUCAGCGGGGCGCUGCAGCUGACGGACCUGGAUGAUUUCAUCGGGCCGUCUCAGGAUUGCAUCAAGCCUGUGAAGGUGAAUAAGAAACCUGGAAGCAGCUUAGCCAAGAUCCAAAUUGAAGAUGAUGGGAGUUACUUCCAAGUGAGCCCAGAUGGAGUGGCCCAGAAGCUAGAGAAGGCCAAGGUCUCACUGAACGACUGCCUGGCAUGCAGUGGCUGUGUCACCUCAGCAGAGACAGUGCUUAUCACCCAGCAGAGCCACGAGGAGCUGCGGAAGGUUCUCGAUGCCAAUAAGGUGGCAACACCUGGUCAGCAGCGGCUGGUGGUCGUCUCUGUCUCACCCCAGUCCAGAGCAUCACUGGCUGCCAGGUUCCAGCUGGAUCCCACAGAUACUGCCAGGAAAUUAACUUCAUUCUUCAAAAAGAUAGGGGUACACUUCGUCUUUGACAUCACCUUCUCAAGGAACUUCAGCCUCCUGGAGAACCAGCAAGAGUUUGUGCGGCGAUUCCGAUCCCAAGAGGAGGCCAACUCCAGAGAGACCUUGCCCAUGCUGACUUCUGCCUGCCCAGGCUGGAUCUGCUAUGCUGAGAAGACACAUGGCAGCUUCAUUCUCCCCUACGUCAGCACAGCCCGGUCCCCACAACAGGUCAUGGGCGCCCUGGUCAAGGACUUCUUUGCCCAGCAGCAGCACCUGACCCCUGACAAGGUUUACCAUGUAACAGUGAUGCCCUGCUAUGACAAAAAGCUAGAAGCAUCCAGACCUGACUUCUUCAACCAGGAGUACCAGACACGUGAUGUGGACUGUGUCCUCACAACAGGGGAAGUCUUCAGGCUGCUGGAGGAAGAAGGGGUCUCACUCUCAGAGUUGGAGCCAGCACCCCUGGAUGGCCUGUCCAGCAGUGUGUCUGCUGAGGAGCCCACCAGCCAUCAGGGUGGGGGCUCGGGGGGCUACCUGGACCAUGUGUUCCGGCAUGCAGCCCAAGAGCUCUUUGGGAUUCAUGUGGAUGAAGUCACGUACCGACCUCUGAGGAACAAGGACUUCCAGGAAGUGACUCUGGAGAGGGAGGGCCAGGUGCUGCUUCGCUUUGCUGUGGCCUACGGCUUCCGCAACAUCCAGAACCUCGUGCAGAAGCUGAAGCGAGGCCGCUGUCCCUACCAUUAUGUGGAGGUCAUGGCUUGCCCCUCAGGCUGCUUAAAUGGUGGAGGCCAGCUCAAAGCUACAGAUGCAAGUGGCAGGGAGCUCUUCCAGGAGGUGGAGAGACUGUAUGGCAUGGUUAGGAUCCAGGCACCAGAGGACACACCUGGGGUCCAGGAGCUGUACCAGUACUGGUUGCAGGGCAAAGGUUCAGAGCGGGUCAGCCGCCUGCUGCACACACAGUACCAUGCCGUGGAGAAGGCCAGCUCAGGCCUCAGCAUCAGGUGGUAGGAGGCCUCCAGUGUCUGUGAGAACCGCGGAGCCAGCAACAGAACUGUAAGGAAGGCCAUGUGGAAGUCAACAGUAAGCUCAGGUCCUGGGAGUUCUUCCUAGGGCUGUGGACACCUCCUCCUCUGUCUGACUGUUGGCCUGAGUAUGGGGGAUUCAGACCACUUCUGGGGUGCCCCUGAAGCUACAGUAUCAGAAGAGAGAUUUCAGGCCUGGGUCUGCCCUGUGUGGAGACUGCCUGGCAGAAGGAGCACCUGGCUCCCUAGAAGCUAGGUGUUUCUUGUUGCACCUAGUCCCACACCCUUCUGGUGGUCCUAGCUCCACAGCUGGUCCUUGCCACUUUUGUAUCUCACCUGGCCUCACUUAAUAAAGACAGGCCGAUACCUCAGGAAA